UUUGUCAAUUUGCUUUUAAAAAAAGUUGGGAAUAACUAGUUGUGAAAAUGGGCUGGAAUAACAAGGGGCCCGUUAUUUUACGGGCCUGGCCCGGAACGUUGUCCACUUUCUCGAAAACCCACUCUUCUCACCCUCAACUUUCUUCAACGUCCACUCUCUCUUCACUUUAAUUCUCUCCCAUUCCAGUUCCAAUGGCACCACCAAUAACGGACUCGGAACCAGAAUCCGAAGCGCUGCGCCUCAAGGCCAUGGCGGAGUCCAAGUUCAAAGCCUCCAACAACGCCAAAUCCGCUCUCAAAUACGCGAAGCGUGCGCAGCGUCUGUGCCCGCACCUCGACGGCGUGUCGGAGGCCGUCACUUCACUCACUGUCCUCGCCGCGUCGGACUGGUAUAGUGCGCUCGGUGCUGAGCCCUUUGCAAACAGCAGCGUCAUUCGGAGACAGUACAAGAAGCUCGCACUGCUCCUCCAUCCCGACAAGAACCCCAACGUGGCGUCCGAGGAGGCCUUCAAGCUCGUCGGCGAGGCCUUCCACCUCCUUUCCGACCGGAGUCGCCGCCGAGAGUACGAUGCCGAGCUCCGACAGAAGAUCAAGGCGGAGAGCGAGACGUUCUGGACCGCCUGCUCCACUUGCAGGCUCCUUCACCAGUUUCAGAGAAAGUAUAUGGGUCAAGAAUUGGUGUGCCCGAGUUGUGAGAAGAGUUUUACGGCUGUGGAAACGGUUCAGAGUGAUGGGGAUGGUGAUGGGGAAGGUAGGGUUAGGAGUAUGAGGUUGAAGUUGAAAGAGAUAAAUAAGAAGGAGAAAAUUGGUGUGAGAGGGAAAGUGGAUAAUGAAGUGGGGGAUGAGAAGGAAGGGAAAUUGAGGAAGAGAAUGCGUUCAGUUGGGGAGGUGUUGGAGAGGUCCAAACCUAUUAAAAGGGUUAAAAAUGGGGAGGAAAUGAUGACAUUAGCUGAAUUUCAGACUGAGGUGAGGAGAAAGUUGCAGGAAAAAAAGUUGAAGGAAAAAGAAAAGGAAAAGGAGGAUGAUAGAAUUGAGAAGAGGAGCAAUCGGGUGGAGAGGCGGCGGGCAUUGAAAAACUCUGAAGGUUUAGAGGUUGGAGAGGGGAGGGCUUUGAAGAAGAGUGUGAGGCUUGGGAUUGAGGAGAAUCUUGUGGGUUUAUCGAAGAGAAAGGGGUUGAGAUCUGCGAGGCAUAGGUAUUCUGAUAAAGGGGGGUUGGAAAACAUGGCGGUGGUGGAUUCAGAUUUUUAUGAUUUUGACAAAGAUAGAGUGGAGAAGAGUUUUAAGAAAGGUCAAGUGUGGGCAGUGUAUGACGAUGAUGAUGGAAUGCCGAGGAAUUAUGCCCUGAUUGAUGAAACUCUUUCACUGAAUCCUUUUGAAGUGAGAUUAAGUUGGUUGGAUGUACAGAUCAUUGGGGAUGGGAGGAUAGUUAGUAAGGAGAAAAUGGGGUUUCAUACACCUUGUGGGAGAUUUAAGGUUGCCAGGAAGACUUCGGUGAAUUCGGUAAAUAUAUUUUCCCAUGUUGUGGAUUGUGACCGGGCAGCACGUGAACUUUACAAAAUUUACCCCAAGAAAGGCUCAGUAUGGGCGCUGCAUGGCGAGGGAAGUAUUGAUGCAGAGGACCGCAAGAGAUGCUAUGACAUUGUUGUAUGUCUGACAAGUUACAAUGAGGCAAAUGGUCUGAGCAUGGCGUAUCUUGAGAAGGUUGAUGGUUACAAGACAGUAUUUAGGCGGCAAAAGAGGGGGAGUGGUGCUAUUAUAUUUCUUGGGAAGGAUGACAUGUGCUUAGUUUCUCAUCAAAUUCCAGCACGGAAGCUUAUUUGUGAUGAAACCCCUGAACUGUUGAAAGACUGUUGGGAACUUGAUCCCGCAUCACUUCCUUCAGAUUUACUUACUAUUGGUGGCAUUGAUAAUUGAGAUUAAAGAUAUAUUCUAUUGGAUUAACCUGUUUGUCAGUCAGCACUAUAAACUUGUUACAUGGCAUAGUCGAGCUAAUGCAUUAUUCAGCCUCCUCCACUUAUUGGGGUAAGUGUUAAGGAAGUGUUCAUUUAUUAAUUUAAUACAUCUGAAAGAAGUCCAUGUUUUACAAUAUGACAGACUAGUAACAUUUAAGUUCUCUGCAGUGUUCAAGAAACAUAUUUUUUUCUGAAAGAGAAUAUGACUCAAUAAAAUUUUGUUCUAUAGUCGAACUUCUUAUCGAUAGUUUGGUCAAAUAUAUGUAAAGGGACUUGAUAAUUUUCUUUUUUAUGUUUUAAUUAUGCUUUUAUUAUCACAUUUUCUCAUUUGCAAUCAAUCUAAAAUCAUCUGUUUUGUCUAUAACAUCUGUAAGAUACCAAAACCUUUUAAAAGAAGGUGAGGGCAUGUGCACUUUAAUUACAGUUUAGAAACCUAGAUUGUAUCAAAUUGUAUUCAGAUCAUGGAUGAGUCAGCUAUUUUAAAUGCUCUAUGAAAAUAUCCAUAAGGGUCCAAGGUAAAUCUAGCCAUUUCAGCUUUAUAGUUAGUUACUUCUCUGAGACACAACUGGAGUUGUUCAUUUACUAUGGUUAUCUUCUACCUCGCUUGCUCUGAGGAAGGGUUCCCUCUGCAAGCUUGUUAAAAUUAUCUCUCUUUCACCACUAUACUUAGGGCUUUGUAUAUCAAGUCAAUGCCUGUGGCUGUGGCUAGACUUGAUUAAAUUGAUUAUUCAACGAAGAACUAACUGAGAUUAUUUUUUAAAUAGGGCUCUUUCAUUAUUGAAAGUGUUUAGUUUCACUUGAGUCAAAGUAGCUUAAAAUGAUUUGUUUCUGUAUAUAACUAUUUAACAUUUUACAUAUUUGUUAUAACUAUUUAACGUUUUACAUAUUUGUUAAUUGCAAAAGGUCUAUGUUUUUUUCCCAUACUUAAGAGGUGAUGUUUGCAAUGGAUGUUGUGUGUACAAAGUAUUUCAGUUAAUGUCCCUUUCAAGCUUAAGGCAGAAAAAGAGGUAGAGUAUAAUCUAAUUGAACUGCAAUCCUCUUAAUUGUGGUAAAUUGAGGUAUUAUUAGAUAUUGCUUAAGGAGUUAAGUCAUCAUGGGUAGCCACUGAUUGCAUUCUAAUCUACAUCUGGUCACUUCUGUACUUUGUAAUGACUGUUGUAUUUGGUUUUAUGCACAAUCAAAUUAUAUUACCUUUUCAUUACCUGCAUAGAUUAUCACUUAUGGGUGUUAAAUAACUAGCGCGGCUACCAAUUCAUGUUUGUAAAUUUUGGUAUUACUAAAUCUAUUAAAUGCUUAAGGCUCCUUAGCUUGUCCUGGAGGAAAUGUUGCCUAAACUUUAAUCUGUGUAUUCUGGGUUCCCGGCCAACAGAACAGUUCUUAAAAAUAAGAGUCAUUGUUUCUGGAAACAUUAACAGUGAUUCCUCUAGUCUAGUGUCUAUUCUAUGCACCAUAUUUUUUAGUAGUUUUUCAUCUUGAGCUUUGGCAGUUAUCUUUAAGGUAAUUCAGGUAUUUGCUUUCCUGUUUAUUGUCAGGGAUAACAAGCUGGUAGUAAAUAUGUCAUGCAUAUAGGUGUUACGCCAGUUGGGUUGUCAGACAUAUAUACCAUUAGAAUGCUCUGUACAGCAAUGUAAAUUCUGUAACUGCAGGAGUCUUAAAUUCAUAUUUGUCAUGUUUCAUCAGGCAUCUGUGUAGAAUGUUUGUUUCUUUGUUAGGACAUUACUCGAGUUCAAUACAACUGUCUUGUAUAAACUCUAAAACUCAGCUCAACUAAAGCAGAUAUCUUACUAUUUAACUCUAAGACAGUAGUUGGCUUUUUAGUGGAUCUGUGAUUGUUUUUUUGCUUUGCUUGCACAUUAAUUAUUUUCAUAGGAAGUAUACUGAUAUAAAUUCCAAAACUCGGGCUCAUUACUUAUUUACACUAAUAUUGAGGCUCGGUUCUUCAGUUUUAAGCUUGCACAAUGUUAACACAAGGGAAAAAAU